AUGUCCCGAUUCCACCAUCUCACGGAGACUCAGCCGGCUCAUGUAACGGCCCUCCAGCUCCCACCCAAUACCUCUUGUCUUCUCGUAAAGAAGCGCACGAUUCGCAUCGAACCCAUCCCUCUGCCUAUUCUUCAACCAGAUGGCGUCCUCGUCAAGGUGAUCAGCAACGGAAUUUGCGGAUCGGACAUGCAUGGCUAUCUUUCUGGUGGAGUUGGCGGUCGCCCGCUUGUCGAGCCCACGGUGAUGGGACACGAGGCCGCGGGGGAGGUCAUUGCAGUUGGGGAGUAUGUAACGACGCAUAAAAUCGGAGAUCGAGUUGCUGUGGAGCCUGGACUUCCUUGUAGGCGGUGCCUUAAUUGCAAGAAUGGUCGAAGCAAUAUAUGUUUAGAUAUCCGAUACUGCGCUGCCCCAGGAAAUCAUGGGUCCCUGUCAAGAUUCUUUGCCCUCCCGGCGGAUAUGGCACCUCAUAUUCCGGAAUCCAUCGGCGUGCAAAUCGGCAAACGUGCCGAUUUGAGAGCACACCAAACGGUUGCUAUCUUUGGCUGCGGGCCAAUUGGUCUCAUUACGGCGGCUGUUGCUCAUGCAUACUCGGCUAAGAAAAUCAUCGCUUUUGAUAUCAACCCUGAUAGAGUGGCUUUCGCUAAAAAAUAUCUAUCCCCGAUGACGGGGAAGCCCAUCAUCGACCAUGUGUAUCACAUUGACCUACUUCCAACGACCCCCGAGUCCGAUGCUCAACCCCAGUUGAAUAACAAUGCGAUGGCAAACGGUGAACAGGAACCCCAAACAAUAGGAGACUUCAGAUGGGAAUGCGCGAAAGAUAGAAUGUGGCGAGUUGUCGAGGAGUGCGGGCUCAGCGCGGAAGCAGGAGUGGAUAGAGUGAUCGAGGCCAGCGGGGCAGAAGACUCGAUGUUGCACGGAAUCGCCAUUUGCAAGCAAGGAGGCAUCUUUCUUCAAGUCGGACUCGGACAUGUCCAAACACAUACCAUCCCCAUGGUUGCGGUGACGAACAAGGAACUCGACGUCAGAGGCAUCACACGUUACACCGCUUCAUGUUUUCCGUCGGCUAUUGACCUUCUUGCUCGCGGUGUUGUGAACCUCAAACCGCUUAUCACAGCUGUGUUCCCACUAUCCAGGGCCCAAGAAGCGCUCGAGGCUGUCGCGAGCGGACGGGAGAUCAAAGUCAUAAUAAAGAACCAGGAGGUCUAG